ACACACACACACAACACACACACACACACACACACACGCAAAGUUGUGCGCGCACACGCACCCGGAGCCUCCUGGAGCAAAACAUACCGCGGUGUGUCCAGCAACUAAUCACAAACAGCAGAUAAAGAUCCUCCAUACUCUGAGCUUCUUAAAGAAAACAACCCCAUCAGGGGGUUCAUCCUCACUUCAGCCGAAUCCUGCCCGAGAGGAAACAGCGUCCCUGACCUACCCCAGUUCCUUUCGAGCGUUCUUCCUGCGCUUUGUCCCGAUGCACUCCACGGCGUCCAUCACGUCCCUCUUCUCCUUCACCAGCCCGGCGGUGAAGAGAUUACUGGGCUGGAAGCAGGGCGACGAGGAGGAGAAGUGGGCGGAGAAGGCGGUGGACUCGCUGGUCAAAAAGCUGAAGAAGAAGAAAGGAGCCAUGGAGGAGCUGGAGAGGGCGCUGAGCUGCCCCGGCCAGCCCAGCAAGUGCGUGACCAUCCCGAGGUCGCUGGACGGACGGCUGCAGGUGUCUCACCGUAAAGGCCUGCCGCACGUCAUCUACUGCCGCGUGUGGCGCUGGCCCGACCUGCAGUCGCACCACGAGCUCAAGGCGCUGGACUGCUGCGAGUUCCCGUUCGGCUCCAAGCAAAAAGAUAUCUGCGUGAAUCCGUAUCAUUACCGCCGCGUGGAGACACCAGUGUUGCCGCCGGUCCUGGUUCCUCGCCACAGCGAGUUCAACCCUCAGCACAGCCUGCUGGCCAAGUUCCGCAACGCCUCGCUGGUUAACGAACCGCUCAUGCCACAGAACGCGACGUUUCCAGACUCGUUUCCUCCACUGCCCUGCGGCUCGUUCUCCUCUUCGCCGCCCAGCUCUGUCCAGUCCCCGACCGCGCACAGCUACCCCAACUCGCCCAGCAGCACGGCGGAUCCCGCCAGCCCCUACCACAUCACAGAAGAGAGCCCCCCUCCACCCUACAGCAUGAUGGAAACCACCCCUCCAGAGGACGUAAAACCAGGGGAAUCCUCCAGCUGCACCAAACUCAUCCUGUCCGCUCCUCACCGAGACCUCAGGCCUGUGUGUUACGAGGAACCUGAACACUGGUGUUCCGUGGCGUACUACGAGCUGAACAACCGGGUCGGCGAGACCUUCCACGCCUCGUCUCGGAGCGUCCUGGUGGACGGCUUCACGGAUCCGUCCAACAACAAGAACAGAUUCUGUCUUGGUCUGCUGUCCAACGUCAACCGCAACUCCACCAUCGAACACACCCGCCGGCACAUAGGCAAAGGCGUGCACCUGUACUACGUGGGAGGUGAGGUGUACGCCGAAUGCCUGAGCGACAGCAGCAUUUUCGUGCAGAGUCGAAACUGCAACUAUCAGCACGGCUUCCACGCCACCACCGUCUGCAAGAUCCCCAGUGGCUGCAGCCUCAAGAUCUUCAACAACCAGCUGUUCGCCCAGCUGCUGUCGCAGUCGGUCAACCACGGAUUUGAGGUGGUGUACGAGCUCACCAAGAUGUGCACCAUUAGGAUGAGCUUCGUCAAGGGCUGGGGUGCAGAAUACCACCGCCAAGACGUCACUAGCACUCCCUGCUGGAUUGAGAUCCACCUGCAUGGACCCCUGCAAUGGCUCGAUAAGGUUCUGACCCAAAUGGGCUCCCCACACAACCCUAUUUCAUCUGUGUCCUAAACCCCGUACAUAUAGCCCAUAACUACAGGACAGCCUGAGGAACAGCACUAGAUGUUUAUGGUACAAGUAGGCUUUCACAAACAAAACACACCCUAAAGCACCUACAUGCCGACUCCGGAGACGGCAUCGGUAGUAGCUACGUUAGCUUGGUGUUUCGUUUUGUGUUAAAAACAUAACUAAAGUGUGAACGCUAUAACUUUCAUGUCUUGAUUUGUAUCAUAUUUUGAAAUGAAAUACAGUAUUUCCCUCUCA